GUCAAAUCCAAAUCCAACAUCAGCAACAACAGGUGGAAGUAACAGUCUUUCAGAGGCAGAAAAGUUCUUGGAGUCUCUCGAUCUACCAGAAUCCGGCAACAAUGAGCACACUGCUUCUGGUACAGCCGAUUCCACUGAUAUCAUGUCCUUUUUGGAUGAGAUUGCAAAAUACCCAUCAGAGUCAUCUACUAUCCCGCAAAAAGAAUACGCAAAGUCCUCUUCUGAUGCUACUCAAAAUUCACAAAUUAGCAUAACCGAGCCAGCAUCCGCACCAACCCCAGUAUCUGAUAAGCAAGUACCUACUGAUGGUUGGAUGUCUUGGGGAAACUCUCUGUGGACUCAAGCCAGUGCUGCCGUUAAAACUACUACAGAACAAAUCAACCAGACUAUUGCUAACGAAUCAGCUGCAAAGCUUUUGGAGGAUCGUAUGAAGCACCUUCAAGGCCUGGUGAACAAAGAGAAUAUCGAGAAGCUAGGCACUGGAUUGCGUAACCUGACAGUUCAGUCUAUGAAUACUUUUCUCGAGACAGUAGCACCACCAAUCUCCGAACACGAAUUGGUCGAGGUCUGGUUAUCUCACGAUAUGAAUGGUUACGAGGGAAUGGAGUCACUGGUUUACCGUUCAUUUGCCAGAGUUAUGGAAAACACAGAGACCGGACAAGUUGUAGUUCGUAAGGGGGGUAACAAAGGAGAAAGUAACAAGUCAACUGGAAAUGUGGCAAAUGAUUUGAACAUGUGUGAGGGCGCUCUUGAAGGAACCAAACUCGCAAAGGCAAACAUUGACAACCUUAUUAAGCUUCACUAUACUGCACCUGAAGAAAAGACAGAUUAUAUACCCCAGCAGGGAGCUGUUCCAGUCAUAAACUGCCCUGUUUUCAUGGCCAUUCAACCUGUAAAGCACUCUGUUCCUCUUUUUGAUGAAGAUGAUACAGAGAAGCAGCAAUUGGUUUACGUCUUAUUGCUUGUAGACCCGACUCACAACCUCAAGUUUAAGACAUAUUCUCAGUCAAUACCCUUGAGUUGGCUGGAAAUUGCUUAUGAAGAAAACGAAUGGGUCGAGGAAAAAUUGACAGAAGUAGUACAAGCUGCAGUAAUUACACUGGCACAAGAUUACGUGUGGACACGUAUGACGGGUGGUAAAUCAUCUGCUACUGGAGCUUCUGAUCAAACCGAGGAAAAAGCAAAGGUUGAACAUACUUUGGAUGUAUAGGUUGAAAACUUUUACAUCCUCCUCUAAUAAAGUAAUCUACUUUGUAUAAAUCAUGUACAG